GACGACUUUCAAGCAGACCUUUGUACAACUUCCCAGCUUUUGAUUGAUUGCAAGAGUUUAUUCCUAAUAUAUAUUAGAAAAGUCGUCUCUCACUUUGAAGGAACAGAAUUUGCUUUAAAGUAACAAAUCGAGAUUCAACUAAUAAUUAAAAACUGAAGAUGUACGUGGAAAAGACCUGUGUGAUGCCAUUAUGAAAAUACGAUUAGGUAUCAAGAUCAGACACUAGAAUUGAUACUAACAGCCUUUUCUUGAAGGCUAGCAUACAUGUCGGUGCCUCUUUUUACAUACAGUUAAAACUCGGCAGUUAAUACUGUACGAUUAUCGGCUUGGAAAACAUAGUCAUUGGGACGUGUGCUUGCAUUGUUUCUGACCAACCAAGCGUGUAAUCUGGAGGAAGGAUGGGAAUCAGGUAAUUGCAAAAUAGCAAACAAAUAAACACUGUCGUGAUUUUUCAUUUCAAUAUUAACUGGAUUAUUAAAAGAUUCUUGGACUUGAACUUUCCGGGAAAGUUGUUAUUCCUUAAAACGCCUACCGAGUUGUCACAGGGUUGUUACUGAAAGGUUAAUUGUUUCUAGAGCAAUAUGGCUGACCGGGUACGUCAAUAUAUUUGCUUGUUUGUCGUACUCUCGUCAUUGGCAAUAGCCUUUGCCCGCCCAAGAAAAGAUGUAGCUGCAAAGAAACGAGAGUUCGCUAAAGAUUUUAGCAUGGUUGGUGAGCAGAAAAAGGAAUGUACAUACAACGAUCAGAAGAUUUCUCACGGGACCAUAGCUUACCAAGAUGUUUGUGGAAAGUUCACAUGUACAGACGGCUAUAUGGCUUGGUACUACUUUCCAAAUGCAGCCCAUUUUGACGUUUGCCACGUACCAGUAGCUCUUGAGAGACAUAACGGCGAAGGAGACGGCAUGGUGAUGAGCACGAUCCCUGUGUAUUCAACCAAGAGCACUGGUGACAAGAUGGAACGAAUAUCGGUAAUUGGUGGCCCAACCCACGGUGAGGUAGAGCAUUACAGUCAAGAUGAGGACAACCAUCAUGAUCCCCAUCAUGCAACCAUUCAGACAACAACCAUUGAUGUAAAAGCAGCACAUGAGCCUCAUGGAAAACCAACUAUCGAAGUUCACAAUCCAACAACACAUUCUGGAGCCAUUAGCGUUACUGAUCAUGGUGGACACCACGGGGAAGUUGUGACGCAAACAAAAUGAGAUGCCGCUGCUUUGCGGAUUUCAAACCAUGUCAGUCUCAUCUAAGUAGCAGAAAAUAUAUAAAAAGGAUUUAAAUUUCUGACAAUUACCAACAAGAGAUUUUUUGUAAGAUAAUUAAAGCUGUUAUAGCAGUAAAGGAGCGAUUACUUGUCUUUUCUAUCAAAACUAUGAAAAAAAGCGAUUACUUGUGUUUCCUAUCGAAACCAUGAAAAGAAGCAAGUAGCUAUCUUUCCUAUCGAUCGGAUAAUUCCUAGCCAAUAAUUUCUCGACCAAGUGUUUUGAAUAUAAUAAAACUAAAGAAUUUCCAAAAAAACAAUAUUUUGGUGCUAGAAAUUUUAAAAAUUUAAAGUGAGAACAAUUUUAAAGCAUAUUAAAAAAAUUGUUUAAAGAUUUUGUCAUUUUUAAAGCAAUUUUUAAAUUGCUAACAGAUAACUUAUCAGAUAAGGCAAAAAACAACUCAUUUUUUGUUCAUGAAGAUCGUUGCUUUGGAAAUACCUUUCAUAUGUAAAUAUAAUUUUUUAAUAAUACUGUAAAGUUUGUGCUAAGUACGACUUUUUCUGCACGUUUUUAUCCUCAACAUGUUUGCAGUCUUCAAUUUUUCAUGAUUUGAUACGCAGUGAAUGCAUUGCUGUAUUUGCAGUAUUUGUGGCAGAUCAGCAGAUUGUGAUAUAAACUCUCAAGCCCUUGAUGCAUAUUUCAAUCGCAUGAUUAUCGUUUUAGUUCUUAUUUUUGAAAAAGCGUUCUAGCACAAAACCAGCGCGGUGAUUAUUUGUAUUUGAAUCGAGCAAGCAGAGCCAUGGAACGGGGCAAACAUAAUUAUGAUGCCAUGAUCCUUAAUCUUCAAUUAGUUUCUUUAUCGUUAGUUUGAAGUAAGUAACUUUCAAUGCUUGCUUUUGAAUCCAAGAAAGGGAUAAUCCUUUGUCGCAAAUGCCUUUAUUACCUUUGCUUGUGUCGCCUCAAGAUUUUUUCCUAUCUUUUGACAACCAGCAGGUGAACAAAUAAAGCAGUGAUAAAAGGCCUAUCACUUAUUGAAUUAAACUUUUAGUUAGGUCCUACCUGAAGCCAAGUAUCACACCCUGUCACAUCAACAAACUAAACAGGGAAUAUCAGUUUCUCAAUUUCUGAUUAAAAUCUGUAUGUAACGUUUUCUCGCUGCAUUUUAGAUUUUCUCGCUACCGUAAAGGAUCUUCGUAAAGUACUCAUCAUUCUUUCUCUUUCCUUAUCACUGGCAAAUUUUUUAACUUGAUUAUGUUCAAUUUUUAGUUUUAACAAGCUUUCUUUGCUCAUCAGCCAUCUCAUAACCACUUUUUUGAUCAAUCCUGUUCAUACCUUACACUUGCUUAAUCCUCUGCCAAAAUUUUUAUUUCGCGAUACUCCCUUCUUACUUCAAAAACUUCAUCAAAUUUUUUUCUUUAUGGAAUAAAUCAUAUCCAAUUAGAUUUUCUUGAUAUUUUCUACCUAAACCUGCUUUGUAUACAAAUUGCAAAAUCUAUCUUUAAAAUCAACUACUAUACCUAGAAUUCUACUUCGCUGUGUUUGGUUUCUACAAAUUCUACAAAGCAAAACACAUCGCUGUGUUUGGUUUCCUUAUGAGGCAGGUCCAUUCCUUUUUAUGAGGCUCUUCGAGCUUUAUUAGCCUUUAACGAUGCCAGCCCGAAUGGAAUUUACCCAAUAUUUGCUACUGAAAUUCCCAUUUUUAUUUUCUAGUCGCUUUUAUCUGCUAGCAUUUUCUCAGUAUAAAACCAACAGGCCCUAUUACGUUAUGGAAAAACAACUUUCGCAUUUCUGGAAUUCUAUUUUAUCAAAAUCUUGCCUGU